UAUCUGCAAAUCCAGCCACCACAAUUAAUAACAAUAAAUAAAUCUCUGAAUAAUCAAGUCACUGGAGUUGUUCCUACCACUCUUUACUUCAUUCAUUCAUGAUCCCCACGUCGUCCUGUUUCCUCCUCCACUCAUCCUAUUCACAAUUUCAAUUUUCAGAUUUCAUUUCCUCCCCCAAUCCCCCAAAACCAAGAAUCAAUAAAAAAUUCAAAAAGAAACCCCCAAUUCGAUUCGAUUCCAUUGAUUCGUUCAAUUUCAAUUUGGGGGAAGAAAAAUAAAGAAAAGAAAUGACAGAGGUGCUCCAUUCCCACUCUUCGUCAUCUUCCCCCACCCACAAUGCCACGUUGUUCCACUCGACUCAGUCGUACGGUGACGUGGCCGAAGACAACGACGACGAUGAUGAUGACGAUAGGGUUAGGGAGGAAGAGAAAAGGGAGAGCGACAGGAGAAGUCGGGAUCAGCUCUCGCUUCUCGCACUUUUGCUCACUCUCUUUAGGAAGACCUUUUGGUCCUCCGCUUGUAAGGCCAGCGACGGUUCCGACGCUUUCUCCGCCGCCGCCGCCGGGGCUAUGGAAAUUGGAUGGCCUACCGAUGUGCAGCACGUGAAUCACGUGACCUUUGAUAGGUUCGAUGGGUUUUUGGGAUUGCCAGUCGAGUUUGAGCCUGAGGUUCCGAGAAGACCUCCCAGUGCUAGUGCCACUGUUUUUGGAGUCUCCACAGAAUCCAUGCAGAUGUCGUACGACGCGCGCGGCAAUAGCAUUCCGACUAUCCUUCUUCUUUUGCAGAGGCACUUGUAUUCACAAGACGGCCUGCAGGCAGAAGGAAUAUUCAGAAUUACUGCCGGCAAUAGCCAGGAUGAGUUCGUCCGGGAGCAAUUAAACAGAGGCGUCGUUCCUGAAGGCAUAGAUGUGCAUUGCUUGGCCGGGCUGAUCAAGGCUUGGUUCCGAGAACUCCCGAGAGGCGUGCUCGACUCCCUUUCUUCCGAGCAGGUGAUGCAGUGCCAGUCGGAAGACGACUGCGACGCUCUCGUACGACUCCUGCCGGCGACCGAGGCCGCUCUCUUGGACUGGGCUGUCAAUCUAAUGGCCGAUGUCGUCCAAGAGGAACAUUACAACAAGAUGAACUCGCGCAACAUCGCCAUGGUUUUCGCCCCCAACAUGACACAGAUGGACGAUCCGUUGACAGCGCUGAUGUACGCCGUGCAAGUGAUGAACUUCCUCAAGACUUUGAUCGAGAAAACUCUCCGAGAGCGACAGGAUCCCGUUUUGGAACAAGCUUCGGUUCCCAACAUGGAGCCGUCCGACGACAAUGGGCACCCGAGCAUCGGCGAGCUGGACGGGAACGCCGCCUCGGAAUCGAACGACGACACACCGCCGCCGCCUUUUGCGGCGGAGGAUCCCGACGCCAAGGAUUAUCUCAGCUACUCGACUUCCACCGAAGAAGAAUCCGACGGGACGGGGUCCUCCUCCGAAGCCCCGUUUCUGGAAAAAUCGGAAUCCAAAAUUGGCGGCUCGCCGCCUCCGACGAAAGCGGACAACAUUGUCGCCGUCGCCGCCGUCGGAAAUUUGAGCCGCGCGAACUCUAUGACGGAACGGUGAUUGUUUCUUUUCUUCUUCUUUCUUCAUCUUUAACCGACACUGUCGUCGACUUUAUGAAGACACAAUUACAAUCUUGUCUGUAACUGUAUUUUUUCUGGUUAUCCACUGUCAACUGAAAAUCUUUUGAAAUUUAUUGGACGAUGACGAUGAUGA